CUCUCGAUGUAUAAAAGCCGGUUUUAUUCCGCCAAGCAGCUGGUCUCCCGCAUGAAGCAGGACAUGGCAUUCGCCACUCUCCGGGACAAGGCAGUGGUUCAGUCCGACAUCGUCAUGGUGGUCGAGGCGUGAUGCAGCAUCGGGCGUUGGGUGCAUGGUAAGAGAAAACAAUAGACACAAGACGUUGCCUGCAUGCAUAUACCCUUUGGGCCAAGCUGCCUUUUUCUUCUUCUCCUAUUUAACAUUCCCCUCAUCCCUGCUCCCUGCUCCUUGCCUUCCUGUCUCCUCUUUCUCCCAGCCAGCCCUUCCCUCGACUGGAAUGGUAAUGAAUGAUGGACGGUCAACAGACAACUGUAUUUAUUUCUGCCAGGUCGCGAUGGAAAAAGAGGACAAAAGGAGAAGGUCCGCGUGCUUGGAAAAAGUCAUGACCUGCCUUACCAUGGCCCAAUGGUCCCAAUGGGUUCCAAGGGCUCAGAAAACGUUUCCGUCGCUGGGCGGACAUUAUUAUCUUUUUUUUUUUCUUUUUUUUCUUUUGCAGCAUCUAACAGACACAUCAACCUUGCUUCCUCUCUCUCCCUUCCUCCCACAUUCUCCCACCUCCCAUCGAUACCAAUUCUAUUCACUGCUCGACCUUAUCUAUGCCACCUUCCCAAAAAAUAUCAUAUUUACCAAUUACCAAAUACCAUACCAUCCACCCAUAGGGCUUCGGGAAGAAAAUUUCCACAGUGAACGGAAAGAGUAACAACAAAACAACGCAGCGGCAGGGUCUUUUUUUUUUUUUUUUGGGUACA